UAAAUAAUUACUUAGCAAGAUAUUCAAGUGCGUAAUUUAAAUGAUUAGAUGAAUCUUGUAUAGACUUGUUAGAAGUAUAAAGAACAAUAUAAUCUGCAUAUUGCAAUAUUUAGCAGAAGGGGUAGUAUACAGAGCUAAGUAUACAGAUUGUAAAGAAGGGGACUAAGGACUGAGCCUUAAGAGCCAUCAUUAGUUGUUUAAAAUGUCAAGACUACAAACUAGAAUUGAUUUUAAAUCACGGAAGAGGACUCGCCCUAGUAUUAAAGUGGCCAAGCAAAAUAUAGAUGACAGUAAUAAAUUGAGUGCAUCUGCUGUGGAUCACUGUCCACCAGCUAAGCAAAAAAAAGAAAAUUCAUUUAAUGGGGAACACAUUAAAAAUGGAGACACUAACUCCAAAGCACUAAAUCCAUUGACCUGCAGAGAGGAUGAAAUACAAUUUCUUGAAUCAUUUUUAACUGAACAUCUUGAGAAGGCGGAAUCUGCCUCAUUAUAUAUUUCGGGACAGCCUGGAACUGGAAAAACUGCGUGUUUAUCAUAUAUAUUGCAAUUGCCAAAGGUACAAAAAGGAUAUCAACAAGUCUACAUAAAUUGUACAAUGUUGAAAUCAGCAGCUAGUAUUUAUAACAGAAUCUGUACUGAACUGCAGUUGCCUACCAGUGGCACUUCUAUGAAAGCAUGCCUUGGGGCAAUACACAAAUUAUUUAAAAAUAAUCAUAAGAUGAUACUCCUGGUGCUGGAUGAAAUUGAUCAACUAGUCAGUAAACAGCAAUCUGUUUUAUACACAAUAUUUGAAUGGCCCUCACUUCCACAGUCUGGAAUAGUACUAGUUGGCAUUGCCAAUGCCUUGGAUCUCACAGAGAGGACCUUACCGCGCCUUCAAUCGAGGUGUGCCUUGACACCAUCAACAUUACACUUUGCCCCAUACACCAAGCAGCAAAUUAUAAAUAUUUUUACUAAUUUACUUGCUGAUGAAGACAAAACCAAUAUCUUCUCACCGGUUGCUUUACAAAUGCUAGCAGCAAAGAUAGCUGCUGUGUCAGGAGAUAUGAGGAGAGCUCUGAACAUUGGAUAUAGAGUUAUUGAGCUGGCUGAACGUACUAAGUUUUCUAAGACUAAAUCUCUUGACUCCAUCAUGAAGGACUCUAAUGUAACAGUGGAAUUAAAACAAGUACUAGAAAUCCUGAACAGUGUUUAUGGGGAUUCAACAAACAUAGAUACUUGUGUUGAAGAAGGCAUGCCAAUGCAGCAGAAGUUAAUACUAUGCAGCUUGUUAUUAAUGUUAAAGAAUGGAAAAAAUAGGGCAAUUCUCAUGGGAAAACUGUAUGAUACUUAUAAAAAAGUGGCGGAGUCACGCAACAUCUGCCCGUUGGACAUGGGCGAGGUGUGCGGCGCCGUGGAGCUGCUAGAGUGUCGCGGCGCCGUGCGGCUCGGACGGAGGGCGGCCUCGGCCCGAGCGCGGCCCGUGCGCCUUCACUGGCACGAGUCGGAGCUGGACGCCGCACUCGCUGACAAGCCGCUACUGUCCGCGAUACUGGCAGGGAAAUACAACUAACCUCAUGAUGCCACGUUGAUUCCUCAUACAAUGAUAAACUGCCAAACUGGCGGCAACCAAAAUUGCGGUCUCACGUCUAUGUAGAUAAAGAAUUUUUUUGACCAUAAAUGUAACGGGAGUUUUUCCCAACAACGAAAAUGGCGGCUUAACGUAGAUGUAGAUAUAGAAUUUGCCCAUAAACCUAACGGGGGUUUUUCUAGUAAUCGAGUAUAUUGAAAAAUCAUUCAAAUAUUUUCGUACUUUGGUUUAAGCUAAUGGUCUUGUUACUAAUGCACUGAAAAAAUGAUAAACUGCCAGAAUUUUGAUCAUGAAACAGUAUCAAUUCUUUUAAUCUCCAGUGAUAUUACAAUAUAGAUUUAUACUGACAAAACUAUUGAAAAUUUUUUUCCCCAUGGCACACUGAAAAAUUAAAUAAAAUCAAAAUAUUGGAGCGAUCAAAAUAUUAAGAAAUAAAGGACAUCUAGUAUUUGUCACCGCCAAACUUUUUGUAAACACUGUAAAAAUGUGACGCUUUGGAGACACGCAAAGCGUGGUCUAAUAUGAGCUAUUUUUUAUGCAUAUUUUUAUUAGCUAUUAUUCUCUUUUAAGUUUUGGAAUAAUAUUAAUAUUUAGUACUCUGUCGAUAAUAACUUGACUGUCUAUGCACACUAUGAUUACCGCUUUGACGAAUUUCAACAGUAACUGGCUUUUUAUAUUCCUAUUGAAAUAAGUAAUUUGUAAUAAGUACAAACUUGAUAUCUUUAUUAGGAUAUCAUCUAUAUUAUAAUAAUUAGGUAUGGCAAGUGUUUCAUAGUCUUGUAUUAAUAGAAAAAUGAAUAUUACUUGAAUUAUAAAACCAAAGUUACAUUACCGUAAGUUAAGUUGAACGUAGUUAAGCAGAAAGGACUCAAACCACACAAAGGCACUUUUGAGAUAUAGGCGUUUGAAGUGUCAGCUGUAAAUAAUCUUCGAAAAACAAGUCUUUUUUUGUUUUUUUUUGGCAUAUGAAAUUGAAAGACUAUAUUUUUUUGUCCAUUAAAUUAUAUUUAUAUAUUUUGCAAUAGAUUUCGAGAUAUUAAGUAAAUUGUGGGAUGAGUCUUUACCAUUUAACUUCAGUUUGUAAAGACAGGUAUUUCUUUUUAAUUUCGCAGAAACGACUCAAAACUACCCUUAUUAGACUAGAAAAAAAGUUUGUAAAAGAGAAUAAAUGAAUGAAAGUAAUAAAACGUUACAUAUUUAUUGUCCUUAAGCGCAAUACUAGCAAAAUCACAUAAAAACACCAUUAUAAAAAUUUAAAUAAAAAAAAUAAAGGGAACAAAAUGAGCUCAAAAUCAACUUGUCUCAUCCUCUUCAUCCAAGUCAAAAUCUUUGUAUUAAUUUACAUUUACAUUUUUGACUUACUCGUGUAAGACACUGACUAUUUGACGUUUGAGUGUGUCUGUUGCAUCAUUCUACAUUUUACAUAUUAUAUUGUAAUUGAAAUGAUUUGUAAAUCGAUGUAAAUGUAAAUCUUGAUAUAAAAAAAGAGUGGCAAUGAGUUUCUUGCUACUUCUUCUCAUUAGCUCAACCCUUUACGAAGUAGCGGUAGAUUCAAUAAGAAAGAUAUUUUUUUUGACAUUCAUAAGUGUAAUUUCCGUGAUCUACGUGAAUAAACUGAUUUUGAUUUGAUUUGAUUUGAAGUGGUACAUUAACAUAUGCAGAUUCUUUGUCAAGGAAAACUUCCAAAAGCUGUUCUUUACUGAGGAGUGCUAUUCUAAUGUCAGUUGUAAGGAUGCCUAAGCUAUCUAGGGAACUCUUGCCCUUUCUGAAACCAUAUUGAGAGUUGGAAAGUAGAUAAUUGUUUUCAACAAACCACUCGAGUAUGUGUUUUAUCAUGAUUUCAGAAACUUUUGCAAGAGUAGAAGAGAGGGCAAUUGGUCUAUAGCUGGUGGCUACAGAUUUAUUCUGACCAAGAUUAAGCAUUGGAAUAAUUACGUGAUUUUUCCAGGGUGGAGGGAUGAUGCCAAAAUGUUAUUAUAUCUGGGUAAUAUUCCUUGGAUGUACUUGAUGAGAUUUUUAUGGAAAAAUGGGGGGUUGCAUCUGCAGCAGAAUCAACUACACUGUCUACAGAGAAUGAGUUUAGAGAAGGAGAGGGGGGACUCUAUGAUAUGAGUUGAAGCAAUAGGGCUUGGAGGGGAUGGAAAAUAGUUAAUAUUUGGAACUGAACAUUCUAUCUGAAACGUAUUCAAGCCAUAAAGAUGAAUCCACACUUAAAUCAUGCUCUUGAGCACAAAAUGAGCUUCUAAAUUUUUUAGUCUGUUUCCAAACCAUGAAGUGC